UAAAAAUCUAAUGUCAUUUAAUACUACUAUCAACAAACUAAAUGGAGAGAAAAUCCCUGAAGAGUUUGUUAAUCUCAAUGAGAUCUGGGUGCCUUCUCAUAUUAGCACCAUCCAAAAUUUGCCACCAUUGAAUGCUGUACCAUGAACUUUGAUGCCAACAGGGGAGGAAUACUUUGGAGUCUUAGAAGUAAGAGAAGAGCCAAUUCCGGUGUAUCACUCUCAACCACAUUUAUCUCAACCUAAAUUUCCAUAUCAAUCGCUUCAGAUGGUGCAAAGAGAAGAAGGAAUGCCAAGUCAUAUUGGUGUGGAAGGCUAUUCAGAAGAACAACACCCUUCUUGUCUCCAGAAUUUCUCAUUAUGAGUUAAUCCAAAUGAAAGGAAGAUCUUAUCAACUCCAAUUCUUAGUGAACCGAGAAGUUGGAAUCAAAGAUGUCAAAAAGCAAUUUCACCUAACCUCAAAGCCCCUUUUAACAGUGAUGAUAUCACUAGUCAAAAUAGAAGAAGAGAGGGUUUGUCUCAGCCUAAAACGAGCAGGAGAAGCGUAAUAGAAAGAGAUUCUUGAAGAUGAAUGAAGCUUGAUAAAAAUAAAACAAUGACACAGAUGUUCAAUGAUAAAAACAUGCUUAUUAGCAGCUCCUCCAACUCUUCAUCUGUAAACCAAAUGCAGGGGGCUUCCACCAAAAAGGCUAAGAAAUUUGGUUCUUCAUGAUUAUUCUGAACUUGUGGUAUGACUAAGAGCCAAGCCCACCUUGUCAAAAGAGUACUUACUCCAAAUAACAUGAGAUUUCUUGAGCUUCUUAAAAAUUAUGAAUAUGAAAUUGCUGAAGAAAAAUCACCACUUACUGGAAAGCCGCUCCCCAAAUAUGUCUGAAAAUACAAAGGAUCCUGCAACAAGAAGUUUGAGAGGACUUGGAAACUCCUAGAUCACUGUAGGACACAUUCUGGAGUUAGACCCUAUAGCUGAACUAUCUGAGGGAGAAAAUUCACCCAAAAGGGCAAUCGAAACAAGCAUAUGCUUAAACAUGAAUAA